UCCUUCCACAAAAUAUUUUCAAGUCAUAGUGCCAAUGGCAAAUCCUCCACCGCCUGCCGCCACCGAUGAAACUAAUCCCGUUUCUCAUCCAUCCUCGGCCUCUUCCGACCGACAUUUACCUUUGAAAUCAUCUAUGAAUCACACUGGAAGAUCUGUCCAAUCAAUCUCUUACAAUCCUGGUCAGGAACCCUCGAACGAUCAGUCAAAACCUAAUGGCAUCAAUUCCAUCACCCAACUCCGUAAUGUUUUCGCAUCUUUAUCCGGAUUCUUAAUCCAGUACGAUGAGUUACAUGAACAUCUUGAUUUCAUUCGCAACUUCAUCGACUCCAAAUUAUCUCAAUCUUCAUUCACCCAAAUUGUUUCUCCAUCUAAAUCGAAACCUUUUAAGAAGUUGAAAUCGGUUGGCAGGUUGGCUAAACAUGAAAAGGCACCGGAUAGUAACAAGGGUCCUUUGCUAAUCAAGGUGGAGUCUUCUUGCGAUGAUGAUAGCCUACAGGUAACAGAUAAUAAACUAUCGCCUUCUCUUACCGAGGUUGAGCAUUUGUGCAAAACCAUGUCCGGUCGUGCCUUACGCAGGUACAUCGUUGCCAAUCUUGAAGAUAUCCCGAAGCUUGUUGAGGAAAUUCCAGUGGCAUUGAGACUAGCGUCGAGUCCGGCAAAGAUGGUGUUAGAUUGCUUAGGUGGUUUUUACAUUCAGAGUAUCAGAGCUUUUACUGAGAACUCAAAGAUGGUUCCUUCGAGACAAGCUUCAAUUUUUGCACUGGAAUGCUUCUUGCGAAUGGAAUACAAUGAUGAUCAGAUUGAUUCUGAUUCCAGAGCACUGGCGCAUGAAGCUGCAAUUACAUGGAGAGAUCGUCUUAAUAAGGAAGGUGGUGUCUCAAAAGCUUGUGAGUUGGAUGCCCGAGGAUUGCUUCUGUUAAUUUGUUGUUUUGGCUUACCAAAAACAUUUAAAAAUGAUGAUAUUAGGGGUUUGAUUAAGGCAAUUAAGACUAGAGAGAUGGAUGAUUUGCUUCGCAAGUCUGCUGUUCUUGCCAAAAGGAUUCCAGGGAUAAUUGAAGGAUUGUUGAAGAAUAGGAUGGAAGUAGAGGCUAUGGACUUGGCUUACAGAUUUGGGAUUGAGGAUAGGUUUCCUCAAACCAUUCUGUUAUCUUUCUUGCAGGAAUCCGAAAUAAGAUGGAAGAGCACAAAAUAUACAGAAAAUAUUUCUUUGGAAGUGCUGAAUCAAGCAAACAUAAAGCAUCUAUCGGACCUAAACUCUGUUGCGAAGUUGUUGGAAGAUCACAACAUCGAUCAAUCAGAAGUUCUCCCAAGUUGGGAAAUAAAAGCCACAAUAGCUAGUCUUGCCAAAGAGAUUUCUGAUACUGAUAAGAAAAUAUCAAAAAUGCCAAUUAUAAAAAGGAGGGCCAAAGAGAAUGAACGCACAGCUUACUUAGAGAGUCAAGAGCUAAAGAGAUUGCGUUUAUCGGGUCCUCCUUUGUUACAUCAUCAGCACAAUAAUGUUAAUGUUUCUUCGGGUCCUCCUUUGUUACAUCAUCAGCACAAUAAUGUUAAUGUUUCUUCUUCUACAAUAUAUCCUGCUGCUUUCGACAAUCCUGGAAUGAGAAUAAUGGCAAUUGAAAAUAAGAGCCCCCAUAUUUACUACAGUCCAUCUGCACCAUCUCAUUCUGCCAAUAAUAAUAAUGUGAAUUUGCUAGUUGAUAGGUAUUUACGAAUGGGGGAUCGUGAAACCCUACCUAAUUAUGGUGAGCCUGCGGUUUUCAGGGGGAAUGUUCCUCCGUAUGAAGUUCCUGGAUCUCGAUUGGCGAACCCUUCUCGAUUGGGCUCAUACCAAUAUGGUAAUAUUGGGGAAAGUGGAUUGAACCACAGUGGAUUUAGGGUUGAGCCGCAAAAUUUGCGAAGUUUUGGUGAGACUGUACAGGUUACUACUGCUAAUGGGUUGUUGUUGUCUCGAGGGGUUGCUGUUGAACCGCAAAAUGUGCGUGGGCAGGGACUGCCAUUUGUGGGAUCUGGUUAUGGCUCGUCAUCAUCUUCUUAUUUGUACUAAAAUGGCCAAUCAGGUUCUUCCUUUCUCCUUUUAUGGUGAUUUUGUGGUGUACUUAUUUCUAGGUGUUUUAAUGCAAGGAGAGGAAGAGAAUGUCUAAACAUGAAUUGUGAACGAUUCAUACCUUCAUAUUGAAUAUUUUGAUACUUUGGAUACAUCUGCUUAUUGUUUGUGACUU